UGGCUUUGUCAGCUGUAUAUUGAUGACUGUUGUGAGGCCUGUGUAUUGGCGUGUAAUCGGUUAAUUGUCAUUUAAACUAAUUUUGGUGAAAGUAAAGUAAAUAAUAAUGGCCGGCCAGCGGAUGGAAGCAAAGAUGAUGGUGGCGAGCUUGCGGGUGGCUGAACUGCGGUCCCUCCUCACAAGUAUGGGAAAGGACAAGAAAGGGCUGAAGAAGGAGCUGGUGCAGAGAGUGAAUGAGCUCAUCUAUAACAACUUCCGUCCAGAGCUUUUCUCUGCUAUCCAGGAGCUCUAUGACCACCGCUCCAACCGCAGACGCUCCCAGGUCAUCACAAUGCCGACUGCUGUGGACGUGGUGGCCGAUUACCCGGUCAAAUCCUGCAGAAAGCCGGUUCAUAAACUUGAAGUGCACAUGUUCAAGCUUCCAUUCUAUCAAACUUUGGAGACUAUUGUUGCACCAGUAUCAUUAGUGCCCUCAUAUGGACUUAAGCAACAGGUGAACAACAUCAUGUUUUGUCUGACCUCAAGACAAUCAGCCCAGAUUAUAAACUCUCAAAAGACCAACACGGGAGUGGUGUCUGUUCAGGUGGUGCUCAGAAUUUGCUACACAGAGAGUAUUGGUGUUGAAGAUGAUCAGUAUCCACCUAACAUUGCUGUUUUGGUCAAUGGCUUUCACUGUCCUAUACAGGCUCACUACUCUACCAAGGUAAAAGGACAGGAGCCUUCUCACCCUUGUCGUCCAAUCAAUCUCACGCCAUUUGUGAAACAGGCCGCCGAGAAUCACGUCGCCGUCUCCUGGGAAAACUAUGGCAAGUUUUACUCUGUGGCUAUAUAUGUGGUGAAGGUAUUCUCUUCAGCAGAUUUGCUGGCACAGCUCCAGACAAAUGGAGUGGCGAGUGUGGAGUGCUGCAAACAAAAAGUUUGUGAGAAGCUGCAGUAUAAUCCUGAGAAUGAGAUCACCACCACAGGGCUGCAAGUGUCCCUUAUCUGUCCUCUGUCAAAAAUGCGCAUGUCAACCCCCUGUCGAGCGCAGACGUGUGCCCACCUGCAGUGUUUCGACGCUGCCUUCUACCUGCAGAUGAACGAGAGGAAACCUAGGUGGACUUGUCCUGUCUGCCAUAAGCCUGCCCUCUUUGACACUCUACAGAUCGAUGGUUUGCUGAGUGGCAUACUCCAGUGCGCAGACGAGACCGUGAAGGAGAUUGAGUACCUGUCUAAUGGCUCUUGGAGUGCAGUGGGGAAGGAAAAAGAGUGCAGCAAAACUACAGAUCUCUCCUCUUUCAGCCACAAGAACGAUCGUGCAGUACGAGAUGUCGUGGAUCUGACCGAGUGCUCAUCUGACAGUGAUGAUGGUGGUGAUGCCAUGCAGACAGAAGACAGAAGAGAUUGUUUUAACACCAUUAAAAAUGAAGAAGUGCAUUUCUCCAAAGGCAAUGUGUAUGUGAAGUGGUGAUACCUGCCAGAUUAUGUAUUUUUCUAGUUCUUAAACUAUAUUUAUUUUUAAGCUGCUAUGCUGUUCAUGUUCAGUUUGUUCUAUACAGUUUGUUUCCAUAUUUUAUGUACUUUAUGGCAAAUAAAGCAUUGUUUAUGUGUCUGUAUUUGUAUUUAUUUUUCCAUUUUUCUGUUAGUCAAAGAAAAAUAUAUAUUUCUGGAAUGUGUUUAGUAUUUUAUUAGAUGUGCAUGUUAUCUCACUCACUGCCUUAGACCCAAUGAUACCAACUAU